CAACACGAUUUCGAAACUCUUUGCCUCUAGGAAGUAUAAUAAACUAGAUUUAUUUGCGAUUUCUUCUACAACCAGAACAUUUCAUUUUUCUAGAAUACCAGAUUACUCGAACAUUCAUAUUUCACCGAUCGACAAGGCAUAAUGGAACGCCAGCCCCUCCACAAUGUAGAGCCACUCAAAUGCUGGCAUUGUGAUUGGCCAAAUUCGAUGUAUAGUGAGUUUUCUGUGGCAUGCAACGGAUGGACUCUACCAACUCGAAUCCAAGAGCUCGAGACUGAAGUGCGUAUCGAGUGGGAAAAGUUUGUGAUACCAGCAAACUAUCCCGAAGAAGCGAAAAGCAGGCUGAUGAGAGAUGCUAUGGUGGCUAUUGCAAACAACAGAAAUGUUGCAAUUCUUGGGGUUCAAUUCAAGAGAUCUCGAGCUCACUUGGGUCGAGAGAAAGAGAAAACGGCGGUCUUCUUAUACAGAGCUGGGGGAGAUAAGAGAUUGUCGAGUUCGAGCAAUAAGGGACACGCCAGCUCUAGGGAGUGGCAGUCAAUCAAAACCGACCAUGAUCCCGUUCGGCUUGACUUUAAGGAGAUAGUGGGGAAAGAGACUCAGAUCGUCACUUAUUCAUAUACAUUGCCAGAAGCCUUUCCAAAGCUCAAGCCGCUUACGACAGUUGGAGAAGGAGAGACAGAUAUGUAACGCCUAGAUAGGCUCGUUGAUUGGUAUGGUG